GGUGCUGAGCAGAGACCAGGAAGUCCUCACCAUGAACGCAGACAAACGUCCUGAAUUCACAUCUCCACAUGGAGACGACGGGAUGGAAACCUGUGAUGAAGUUGCAGAGGUGAAGUCACAGGAGGAGGAAGAGGAGAAGGAGGAGAAGUCGGCUGGUGUGAAUGGGACGCGGUGCGGCGGUGUUACGGAUGCACGCGUGAUUAAGAUGGAGGCCGAGGAGACGGACGACAGCGAGCGCUGUCUGAAGGCGGGAACAGAAGCGGAGCUCGUGCCCAAAGAGGAGGGCAGCGAGGACGGGAUGGAGGGGUCGUUCGACGAGGAGCGAACGGAGGACGACGAGCCGAGAGACGAGGACGUCCUGAACGAGCCGCAGGACCUGUCGCUCGUCGGUUACUCUCAUUACGACGGCGCGGCGCUGCCGGACGCCCAUGCGGCGGCGAUGGCGGAGGAGGGUGCAGAGGGAAGCUUCGCCGGCGGCGGCGCGGUUCCCCGCGUGCAGACGUCGAGCAAGUUCAGCUGCGACAUCUGCGGCCUGUCCUGCAUCAGCAUCAACGUGCUGCUGGUGCACAAGCGCAGCCACACGGGAGAGAGGCCUUUCCACUGCACUCAGUGCGGCGCCUCCUUCACCCAGAAGGGAAACCUGCUCCGCCACAUCAAACUGCACUCCGGGGAGAAGCCUUUCAAAUGCCCGAUGUGCAGCUACGCCUGCCGACGGCGCGACGCUCUGAGCGGGCACCUGCGCACGCAUUCAGUCGAGAAGCCGUUUAAAUGCAACCACUGCAGUCGCAGCUACAAGCAGCGCAGCUCCCUGGAGGAGCACCGAGAGAGGUGCCACGUGUACGUUCAGAGCAAAGGUCCUGCCGAGAGAGCGGAGGACAGCCACACGUCCAGGUCUCAGAUGGGCUCGGAGCGAGCGCUGCUUCUCGACCGGCUCGCCAGCAACGUCGCCAAGCGGAAAAGUUCGAUGCCGCAGAAGUUCACGGCUCUCUCUUGUGUCACCGGUGCAGGCGACAACGGGGUCUGUCUGGACCUGAGCUUCAGCAGGGAGCUGCUCCACCGGUCUGAGGUGAAGAACCCCCCUCCAGGCUCGCCCGGGCCCGAUGGACACCAGCCGGUCCACAUGGGUCCAGAUGGUGACCCGCCUCCCUCCCACAGGCCCUACCCCAUCCCGUUGAACCGCACCGACAUGAGCCCAACGGGCCUCACGAACGGCCAGAAGAUGCCGAUGCUGGGUCUCCCUCACGCCCCGCAGCCCCCCCUAGGCCUGGAGUCUUUCCACCCCGACGGCUCCCAGAUGUCCCAGCCCGUCGUGUACAGCUUAGGACACCUGCUGGGGGGCCUGAACCACCAGAACGGUGUCCCCCACCCGCACGCCCAGCCCAUCCCGCUGUCGCCCCUGGAGGCCCUGCGCGUGAUGCGGGCGGACGGGGAGGCGGGGUCACUGCUCGGCGCCGUGUACCCCUGCAGCCACUGCAGGGUCAUCUUCCUGGACUACGUCAUGUUCACCAUCCACAUGGGGUGCCACGGGUUCCGCGACCCGCUGGAGUGCAACGUGUGCGGCCACCGCAGCCGGGACCGCUACGAGUUCUCGUCCCACAUAGCCCGGGGCGAGCACCGCCUGGAGCUGAAGUAA